AUGCGCACCACCACGCUCCUGGCCCUGCUGGCGCUGGUCCUGCUCUACCUGGUGCUGGGCGCGCUGGUGUUCCGGGCGCUGGAGCAGCCCCUGGAGCAGCAGGCCCAGCGGGAGCUGGGGGAGGUCCGGGAGAGGUUCCUGCGGACCCACCCGUGCGUGAGCGACGGGGACCUGGGGCUCCUCAUCAAGGAGGUGGCCGAUGCCCUGGGCGGGGGCGCAAACCCUGAUACCAACUCCACGAGUCACGGCAACUACUCCGCCUGGGACCUGGGCGCCGCCUUUUUUUUCUCCGGCACCAUCAUCACCACCAUCGGCUAUGGCAACGUAGCCCUGCGCUCAGACGCCGGCCGCACCUUCUGCAUCGUCUACGCGCUGGUGGGCAUCCCGCUGUUCGGGUUCCUGCUGGCAGGGGUCGGGGACCGGCUGGGCUCCGCCCUGCGCCACGGCAUCGGCCACAUUGAAGCCAUCUUCCUGAAGUGGCACGUGCCCAAGGAGCUGGUGCGGGUCCUGUCGGCGGUGCUCUUUCUGCUGGUCGGCUGCCUGCUGUUUGUGGUCGCCCCCAUGUUCGCCUUCUGCUACACCGAAGGCUGGAGCAAGCUGGAAGCCAUCUACUUCGUGGUGGUGACGCUCACCACCGUGGGGUUCGGGGACUAUGUGGCCGGCGCGGACCCCGGCCACACGCACGCAGCCUACCAGCCGCUGGUGUGGUUCUGGAUCCUGCUGGGCCUGGCCUACUUUGCCUCGGUGCUCACCACCAUCGGGAACUGGCUGCGCGCCGUGCUCCGCCGCACGCGGGCCGAGAUGGGCGGCUUCACGGCCCAGGCCGCCAGCUGGACCGGCACCGUGACGGCGCGGGUGACCCAGCGAGGCGGGCCCGCCGCCCCGCCGUCGCCGGAGAAGGAGCGGCCGCCGCCCGCGCCCCCCGCGCCCCCGGAGAAGGCCGCCCCGCCCCCCGCCUCCCCGCCCUCCGCCCCCGCGCCCCCGGCCUCGGCGCUGGACUACCCGGGCGAGGGCCUGGCCUUCAUCGACGACUCCUCCGACACGCAGAGCGAGCGCGGCGGCGGGGUGGCCCGCGCGCCCCGGGGCCGCCGCCGCGCCCCGCGCCCCGCCAGGAGGCCCGCCCGGCCCCGCGGCCCCCGGCGCCCCCGCCACCAGGGCGCGCCGGUGUAG